GGCAUAGAAUCCUCGGAGCUCUCGGUCUGACAACAAACUGGGUCAGUUACUCUGCAGAGCCUCUGCAAGCCGGGAUGCUGAGCCAGGGGGCGCCUGCCGCGCAGCCCGAGCUCUUGGCCGCCACGAGACGCGGGUGGGGCGGGUUUCUGAGUGAAGGCCAGCCGCCCACCGCCUGGAGGCCCGAAGUCCGCGGCUGGCCGGCGAGAAAGCCCCUCCUCCCGGGCGGAGACAGCUCCGGGAAAUCGACGCCCGCGUUCGCCGCGGGGCCAGUGCCGAGUUCUGCUGCCUGCGCGGCGCGGGUUUGGGGACUCUGAUCGCCAUGGACGGCUACAGGGGCUUCUUGGGGCUGCUGGUGUCGGCGCUGCUCGUCGGCUUUCUGUCGGUGCUCUUCACCCUCAUCUGGGUCCUCCACUACCGAGAGGGUCUCGGCUGGGACGGGUCCGCGCUCGAGUUUAACUGGCACCCAGUGCUCGUGGUCACCGGCCUCGUCUUCAUCCAGGGCAUCGCCAUCAUCGUGUACAGACUGCCGUGGACCUGGAAAUGCAGCAAGCUCCUGAUGAAAUGCAUCCACGCUGGGUUAAACGCCGUUGCUGCCAUUCUUGCAGUUAUUUCUCUGGUGGCCGUUUUUGAUUUCCACAAUGCCAGGAGUAUCCCCAAUAUGUACAGCCUGCACAGCUGGAUUGGCCUGACGGUUGUCAUACUCUACAUCUUACAGCUUCUCCUAGGUUUUUUCGCCUUUCUGGUUCCUCUGGCUCCACUUUCUCUCCGAGCAUUUCUCAUACCCUUACACAUUUAUUCUGGACUUCUCAUCUUUGGGAUAGUGAUCGCAUCAGCACUUACAGGAGUGACUGAGAAACUGUUUUUUGCCCUGACAAAACCUGCAUACAGUACAUUCCCACCAGAAGGUGUUUUCACAAAUACCCUUGGCCUUCUGAUUCUGGUAUUUGGGGCCCUUAUUUUUUGGAUAGUCACCAGACCACAAUGGAAACGUCCUAAAGAACCAAAUUCUGUCCUCCUUCAGCCAAAUGGAGGCACUCCAGAGGGAGUGGAAGGUUCCAUGGCAAUAAACUUUGGCAAAGCAGAUUCAGAGUCAAACAAUGAAGCAGCAGCAAGGAAAAGAAAUUUACCCCUUGAUGAGGCUGGACAAAGAUCUACCUUGUAAAACGUUGUAGAGAUGUAACUGGAGAACUUCACUUCUGAAGACUAGCUCUGCAGUUUAGCUUCUCACAGUUAGCCAUAAAAUGAUUGACUGAGUCAAAUUUAUUUUACUCAUAAAGUAGGAUUUCUUGAAAGAUUUUGCAUUGAUUGAGGCCUGUGAACUUACCUGAAUUGGAAAGGAGAUGAUCAAUGUAAACAAUAGCAGAUAUAAAUCGUGGUUUUGUUACCUCUUUCUUGUAGGACACCAAAGCAUUUAGCAGUGUUUUUCAUAUAACACAUGAUCAAAAUGGGUCUCUCAGUUGGUAAAUUUGAUGAACUGGCAGCAUCCCUGGCCUCUUGUCUUGCAGUUAUUUCCUGUUAAUUCUGGGAGUCCAGUCCUAAAGUUAUAGAGUCAUAUCAUGACUAUCCAGGACAGAGUUCAUAGCUACACAGAUAUCAUGACUGAAGUACAGAAAACAAUUUAGGAAAGCAAUGGUUCCCUUUUCCCUGCACCUGCCUGCUGGUCCCUCCCCAGCUUGUUUGGGCUCAGAUUGGCCCUGAAGACCAGGGUGUAUAAUAGGGCAUUUUGGAGCAGUACCUUGGCUGUAAGUAGCAGAAGAGAUCUUCUCUGGUCACACCAGGAAGUUUUUCUAAAACUUGACUUAGACCCAAGGCUUCCCUGGGGUUGGGUGUACUUUAUGGUACAGAUUCCAAACUCAAUUGGAAUGAGAAAAUGCCUGAAUGCUUAAGCAGCAUAAACUGCUCUACAACUUCAAAGAGAACUUUUUCCUAAUUUUUGUUUUUAUUUUAUAAAGCACUUACAUGGCUUUUACUAUGUGCCAGACACUAUUUCUAAGCACUUUAUAAAUAUUAGCUCAUUCAGUCCCCAAUCAAAGCUAUGUGCCAUUUGCUAUCAGUAUCUCCAUUUUGCAGAUGAGAAAUCUGAAGCUUAGAGAGGUUAGUAACUUGCCCCAAUGUCCCACAGCUCCUAAGUGGUGGAACUGAGAUUCAUGACUUGGCAGUCUGGCUCCUCAGUUCAUGAUCACUUCACUAUGCUAUCUUUAUUUUUUUUCUGUUAUAUACUAAUUUGCCCCUACUUUGACCUACCCCUGGAUAAAUCUCAGUUGUUGGAGUGCCAUGGAAUUGUUAAAGUUUACUUUCUGGCUUUCUUUUCCAAGGCAGAUUCCCCAAAUACCUGGAAAUAGAUCGUGGGCACCCUCCCACUGCCAACAGCCAUAGCCUACCUUGAUGCCCUUUUGAUCUUAAAAUUGUGUCAUGGUGACAAAGAAAGGUUUGGACAAGAACAGCUGCAGCUUGAAGUUUGACCAAUUAUAAUUUCUAUUGUUCAGGAUCUUAACUGCUAAACAACUUUGGACUUGGAGAUAGAGACUUUACCUAUAUUGGUCUGCCUUUCCUGGGGGCAAAAAAAAGGGUCCUUCCUGAUUCUGGUGGGAUUUCAGGGGAUGCCUUGAGUUUUGGGUUCUCCGCAGUGAAUUGAGACUCAGAAGUGGAGACUUUUGUGUAUGAAGACUUCAGUCUAGGCUCUGGGCUGACUCAAAUUAAAACUUAAAGAGUAGCAUCCAUACUGAAAAGAUGCUUUUCAUUUUGUGGGUGAUUUUGGUUUCCUUGCAAUUUUUUUUAAAGACAACCACAGCUUUUUAUUAUCUAUCAUGAUCUGUGGUUGGCUGAGCUCAAUAGGGCAGUUCUUCUUCUCCAAAUUGGCAGGAGCUGCAGUCAUCUGGAGGCCCAACUGGCCAGACAUGUGCAAAGUGGCUCACUCACACAGCGGGCAGGUGGCGCUGGCUGUCAGCCCGGAGCGCAGAGGAGGCUGCCAGCCUGAGCUUCAGGGACCAUCUCCAUGUGACCUCUCACCAUGGCCCAGGUUUCCCACCGCAUGGCAACUGGGUUUCCCUGCAAUUUUAAACUAGAACAUUUUAGUGUGGAUUAAAAACCUUAUAGUUUACACCAAAUACACAACGUUUUGGUACCUAGUGGAUUUCUUUUUAGGUUAACUGGUAAUUACUACCAUAGACUGAAUAUAACCUGCACUCCAUCACAUCCCUUUAGUUUCAUGGAUAACCAUUCAUCAUUCCCUCAUUGAAACACUAUUUUCUCCUUACUUAAUUCUAUUUCCAAAAUUGGUAAUAGUGUCAUAAGGAUCCCCAGUGCCCAGUCGAGAGCCUGAUACACAGUAGGCACAGUUCAUUAUGGGUAGAACAUGCUACAGUUUUGGUGCUAAGUGGAAGGAGUUAAUUGCAUCAUUACACACAAACAUAUUUUGAUAAAUGGAUGUUCCAUUACAUAGAGAUGCACAAAAUUCCAGGAUUUUUUGGUGGGAGUGGGGGGAAGAUCAGUGACGGCUCCAAGGAUUGAACCUGCCAUUCCUAUAUAGGCCAAGGAGAUUAUUAAUGAAAAGUUAAGAAUGGAUCUGGCACUACACUGAUAUACUCCACCGCGAAGCAUUUGAGCACCUCUCAUCUCAGCCCUUUAUUUUUAUCUCUCUGGCUAAUCUGGGGUAAUUUUACAGAUAUUGUAGGAACUUCCUUUUUUUUCCCUCAACCAUUAUGAAAACAAUGCAGUAAAAUAUAGAAAGUCUUUCUGUUUGAGACUCUUCUUUUAAUGGGAUUUUUAUUUUAAUGAUAAUUGUAACUUUAUCUUUCAAAAGCUGAUGUUUCCUACCUAAAGUGUCCCCCUCCCCAUUUAAAAACCUACAUAAAGAAAAGGAGAGAAGAAAGCCUUAACUUUCAUCUCUAAAACAGUGAAUGAAAUCUCCCUAAAUAAUUAUAGCUUAUAUCGUCUGCAGAGAUAGCCUGGCUUGACCUACCCCAUAAUCUAAUUUCAGAAAAAAAAAGUUAUUUUAAACCCUCACCUAAAUCAACACUGCAGCCUUUUCUUUCAAAGAGUUAUUGAAAAACUCAUAUGAAUAUGUUUUUGAACUACUAUUAUCAGAAGUGUACAGCUUCCGGCGCUACUUGUGUCCAACUGACCCCACCCUCCGGAGCACUUCCUUUCCUUUCCUGUGUGGUUUCAGUUAAGCUGUGCUGCUCACAAACAGGAUCUCACACCUUCCAGUCAAAUGACAAAGACAAUCACACUUUUUAAGGAAUACUGACAAGUGGUUUCUGUUUUCUGAAGAACAAAAUAAAGAUGUCUUGUUUUUAACUAGGCUCUUUUCCCUGCUAAGUGGGAAGUUCCAGUGCAAUACCAGUUGACCACAACUGCCAAAUCUAAAGGCUCAAAGAAUGAAGUAAAGCUUCAUGCUAAUUUUGUUGUAAUAUGAUGGAAUUUUUGUCUUGGUAUGUCCUCUUUUAGAUAACUGUUACUGAAAGCUGUAACUGCUGUGUCUUAGAGCUACACAUAAGAAAGUAUAAAAGAAUACUGUUAUUAUUGAUCACCUACAAGGUACCUGAAAACUUUAAGUGGAAACGAUUUCUAUGCUUAAAUUUGCCCUUUUAUCUCAGCACAUUUAUGGGGAAAAUAUUAAAUAGCCUGAAUAUUUUAUAAUUUUAUAGAAAAAAUGCAUCUGUUUUUUUCUUGACUUGUUUUUAUGUAGUAAUAAAAGCUAUUUUGGAAGAUA